CGUUCGCACCAGAACCAGAGCCGUAGUGCUACGAAAUACAUACGAGUACAGCAGCCGUAGAGGAGAGCAUAUCAAUUUAUUAACGAACGGCUUAUGGGCAAAUGAUGAAAGCCCGGCAAAGGAAGAACAACACCAGGAGCAUCCACAUCAGCAAAUAAUAGCAAUUUGCAGUAAGGAAAACCCGGAGAGAGACGAGAGUGCGACGAGAGAUAGAGGAGAACUUUGUGUGAUAAUAAAUGUUCUGCAUGCCGUUCGUGAUGAAAUUAUUUAUGAAAAAUAAAUGGAAUACGCUGCUCCUGAUGGUGGUACUACUACUGCCACCGCUGGGGGCGGCACGAGACACUUCCGACCCUGACACGCACACCAUGAAUGCAACAUGCAAACAUGCCACCGACAUGUGGGGAGAUCCGAAUCCCAACUUAUUCUACAUUUGCUCCGCGGACGGACAGCAGCCGCUGCAGCUCCAGUGCCCGCAGGGACGUGGAUUUUUCAAUGGUCUCGGCUUUUUGGGUUGUUUGCCCUACGACCACUGGCCGGCCUGUCAGAUGGCCACGGCCGCGGAUGCUGCUGUCCCACUCGCGACGGCGACGGCAACGGCAACGGCGACGGCUGGCUGUGACAGCGAUAGCGAGCACUUUACACAACCCUGGCCUGCUCCGGAUCCCAAUCAAUUCUACAUGUGCCCCGCCGCGGCGGCCACACCGCUGCUCCUGAACUGCGCCCCCGGCAAGGGCUUCGUGGCCACCUCGGAUGCUGUGGGCUGUGCGGAUUGGUCCGUGUGGCGACGCCAGAUGCAGUGCGAGGAUUACUACUGAGCAGCUGCGACCAGCCUCCACGAAAUAUGUAUGAAUAGCCGUUGGCAAUAAUCAUCCUUAUCCUGGCAACAGUUGUUGCCGCCACUGUGCACACUCGACUCGAAUCUUAAUUUAUUGGGCACAUCUCAUGGACUCACUGAUAAAAGGUCAUGUCA